CUUCCGCACACGCCCCCACCGCAUUUAAACCAGCGGGCCUCCGCCCGUUUACCCUAUCGCUGGUAUUCGUCGUCUGGCCGAGGAGCGGCGCCUGCAGCCCGCUAGGUUUUAUCUCCCAUCGCGCCGAGAAAUCUCUCCGGGAAAAGGAAUCGAAAUCCCUCCUCGAAGACCUUCCAUCUCCAAAUCGCGGUAUAAACCCUAGGCAGUGAAGGGGAAGGUCUGGUAGGGAGAGAAAAGAGGCCCAUGGAGGUCGUGGAGGAGAUGCCGAUCGCCGUUAGCGGCGUGGAUGAGGUAGAGGAGGAGGUAGAACAAGAGGUGGAGGAGGUGGAGGAGGAGGUCGAGGAACAAGAAGAGGGAGGCAGAGAUGGAGAAGGGGAAGUAGAGGAAGGACGGGGGGAGGAAGGAGGAGCAGAGUCUCCUGGAAGGGGGAUAGAGAUGGUAGAUAGUGCUGGUGAGGAGAUAAAGCAGCCGGAUAGCAGUUCCUCUUCUUCAGGAAAAAUCUUCGUUGGAGGAGUCGCGUGGGACACAACCGAAGAGACAUUCACUGAGCAUUUCGAGAAGUAUGGGGAAAUCACGGACUCUGUGAUAAUGAAGGAUAAGCAUACCCAUAUGCCUAGAGGAUUUGGGUUUGUAACAUUUGCCGACUCUUCUGUUAUCGACAAGGUUUUAGAGGAUGAGCAUGUUAUUGAUGGGAGAACGGUAGAAGUCAAAAGGACAGUCCCACGGGAAGAGAUGCCUUCCAAAGCAGGGCUUAAGACAAAGAAGAUCUUUGUUGGUGGAAUACCUCCAUCUUUAACUGAAGAUGAGUUGAAGGAGCACUUUGCCUUGUAUGGUGAAGUGGUUGAGCACCAGAUAAUGCUUGACCAUAGUACUGGGCGUUCACGAGGCUUUGGUUUUGUUACUUUUGAAAAUGAGGAAGCAGUCGAGAAGAUCAUUUCGGAAGGUAGAAUGCAUGAUCUCGGAGGGAAGCAGGUUGAAAUUAAGAGGGCCGAACCAAGGAAAGCUGGUGGAGAUCCAGGAACCAAUGGGAGGGGUGCUCGUGGCACCGGUGGCGGUGGCGCUGUACGUGGUAACCAUCGAGGUGGAGGUGGCGCUUACGGAUAUGGAGGGGGCUAUCGAUCUAGCGGUGUCUAUUAUGGUGGGAGUUAUGGUUAUGGUUACGGCAGAGGCUAUGGCUAUGGUGCGGCCCCCAGCUUUGGUGCAGGCUUCAGCUCUAGUUAUGGAGGGCCCAUGUACGGCAAUGGUGGAUAUGGUAGCAGUACUGCAUACGGUGGCCCAGCUGGGUACAAUGGAGUUUACGGUGGUUAUGGUGCUGGCCGGGGAUAUGGGAACAGAUACCACCCCUAUGGAAAAUAACGUCUUAAUGCAAUUAUGUUAACCGACUUUUACUAAAUUUUCUGUGCAAUUCACACCUGUUAGGCGCUGAAAUUAAUCAGGACUAUAUUUCAUCUUAAAUUCAUAUGUUCGUUUUGAAAUGUAUCUUAGAUUCAUAUGUUGCCGCCAUAGAAUGAAUUGUUGCCGGUUACAUUUUUCAGCCUAUUUACAAAAUGUAAGUUUUCAGCGUCUCUCUCAGCUGCUCUUUACUGUGUUUUGCUUGCAAAGGUGGUACAUGUAACUCUUUUUCAGGGCUA